GGAAUGUAGGCGGGGAAAAUGUUUCCUCUUUAGUUUAUGUUCACUUGCACGUAAUAGCAGACGACAUAAAACAGAAGUCAAUUUGUUUUCGGAGAUUACUGCAAACAGAGGUGAAAUGUUUAUCUUGUAUUUUAAAGCACAUAAAAUGUAAUGAUUGUAAGAUGUUUAACAUCCAGGCCACGCCUCCUUACAUCAGCUUAUGCAAUGUGGACAUCUGAAGGUUUAGAACAGUUAGGCAAAGCUGAGGACGGUCUUCAACCAGGUGCUUGAGUUUAGAAUUACGUUUUCAAUAUUAACAUUCAAUCUCAAGUAAGAAGUUGGAUAUAACAUUGAAAUAUAAUGUUUAGUCCAUUAAGAUGCAAGCUUUGUCGUGACUGAAGACUUGUUUACCUUGACCUUAAAGUUCUACAAUAAUAGCAUGGUGAAUGUCAGCGAUAGUGGUUGGCAAGGGGAUACUUUAUCUACGUCAUCUAUCAUACUGGCCAUAUUGACCGCUAUAAUGUCUGCUUUAAUCACCUUCGUCAACCUGUUGACCAUUCUUGUCAUCAGGAGGACGCCAAGUCUCCGGACGCUGUCCAACAUGUACAUCACCUCCCUGGCAUUAUCUGACCUGGUGGUGGGCUUGAGUCUCAUUCCUCUCCUCCUCUUCUUUAUCCCGUCCACCCGUGUCCAGCUGUUUGACCAGAACAUCCAGUUUUGUGUCCUCGUCUUCGGCAUCAACCUCGGGGUAGCCGUUGUGUCCAACAUCAACAUGACCCUGAUCGCCGCUGACCGCUACAUCUACAUCACCCGACCGUAUGUCUACAAGAGAGCAGUGAACAAGCCCUGCGUAUUUAUUCUCAUGGCUUGCGCUUGGGUGUUCGGGGCGCUGUAUGCCCUUCUUCCCCAGCUGAUCCACAACCACGACGUUUACUCCUGCGACGCCACGUUGGUGAUGCCCGUGUGGUAUUUAUUCUACACCAACCUGACAAUGUACUCACUGCUGGUCAUCACUGACCUUGUACUGUACUCACAUAUUCUUUACGUGGCACACAGACAAAGCAGAAUAAUAACAGUAGUAAACGCAUCAAAAAAUAUACCAAUAACUUCGCCUGUAACUUCACCGUCAGAACAUCUCACUUCAAAGCCUGGGCAAAAUACUGGUACAAAUUUUUCAAACAGUGACCAAAUAACACUAUGUAAAACUGAUGCUACAUUAUCAAAUCAAACACAUUCGUCAAUGUUAAAAAAGGAUGACAUAUUUAGCAUUCACCAUAUUGCCAACGAAAUGUGUAUGGAGCACAUUAAAGAAACAUUUUUCACAAAACCUAGAACUAUUUCCAAAAAGUCUCACGUGAAUUCCCAGGCUUCGUCUUCAAGUCAAUCCAAAAAUAUAGAAGUCCUCCAAGUCAGACGCCACGAACAGACGCUUAAGGGUGCGGACAAGCUGUCAACAAAACUAGGCAACAAUCGCAUGAAAAGCGUCAAAUUUUUCAUGACUGUGUUCGGAGCGUACUUUGUCUGCCUGACCCCCACCAUCGUGUGUAUGGGGCUGGACUACUACACCCCUGUCCCCAGGUUCUUAUACAAUAUCUUCAACCUGCUGGCUCUGCUUAACUCCGGCAUUAACUUCAUCAUCUACCUGACCCUCAACGCCAGGUUCAAGCUGGCUGUUCUGCGCUUCUUGGGCCUAGCCAAUCGUAAUGUCAUCGAUGUCACUGACUUAAUGACAAACUUUGAUGCAUGAUGUUGAUGUUAAAAUACGCCAUUGCACACAAACAAGUUACCAUAACAUCCACAUCCACACAGUUUUGUUUCAUUUGUUGUAACAAAUUUGGAUGCCAAUAAAAUUAGGGAGGAACUUUAGCACAGCCAAGAGCACCACAGGAAAAGUACCGUUAGCUCUCGCUAACCGUCUAUGUACAGCAUGAUUCCUACGUAGGUCCAGCGCGCAAAUUUAAAAAGCUCAAAGCUCGGCAUCCUUCUCUGUUUUUUUAAGGGGGUGGGUAACCAAGAUGUAAUACGCAAAAGGAGGUACUAGAAAACAUUAUAGUAGUGUCACAGUGUAGGUUAUAAGAAACUGUGUGAUUUUUUAAAGUGCUUCCGCCUGUACAUAGGGACGAUAGGGGCAUGAGUGAAGAUGACUACAAAAGAAUGUAAUGACUACAUCAGUGAAGGCGUAAGAGUUACAUUAGCUACAUUCAUGGAAGCGUAAGAAUAUAUUCGUUUCAUCGGUGGGAACAUAAGAUUAUAUUAGCUACAUCAGUGGAAACAUAAAAUAAUAUAAGUUACAUCAGUGGAAACAUAAAAUAAUAUUAGUUACAUCAGUGGAAACAUA